AUGAAGGUUGACGUGAAGCGACAAUUGUUCGCCCGCAGCGAGCGGGUGAAGGGCAUCGACUUCCACCCCCAAGAGCCAUGGAUCCUCACGACUUUGUACAGCGGCCAUGUCUACAUCUGGUCGUAUGAGACUCAGCAGAUUGUCAAGACCUUCGAGCUCACAGAUGUUCCUGUCCGAGCCGGCCGAUUCGUCGCAAGAAAGAACUGGGUCGUCUGCGGUUCCGAUGACUUCCAGAUUCGUGUAUACAACUACAACACCUCGGAGAAGAUCACCUCGUUUGAAGCUCACCCCGAUUAUAUUCGCGCUAUCGCCAUUCACCCCACACAACCUUUCGUGCUGACCGCCUCCGAUGACAUGACAAUUAAGCUCUGGGAUUGGGAGAAGGGCUGGAAGUGCGUCCAAGUCUUUGAGGGCCACGGUCACUACGUUAUGGGUCUCGCCAUCAACCCCAAGGAUACCAACACCUUCGCCUCCGCAUCCCUUGACCGCACUGUCAAGAUCUGGAGUCUCGGCUCUGCGACGCCCAACUUCACUCUCGAGGCCCACGAGGCUAAGGGUGUCAACCACGUCGACUACUACCCUCACUCUGACAAGCCCUAUCUCCUGACGACAUCCGACGAUCGCACCGUCAAGGUCUGGGACUAUACCACCAAAUCUCUGAUCGCCACCCUAGAGGGCCACACGAAUAAUGUCUCUUUCGCGUGCUAUCACCCCGAGCUGCCAGUCAUCAUUUCCGGUUCCGAAGACGGCACCAUCAGGAUAUGGCACGCCAACACAUACCGGUUCGAGCAGUCCCUCAACUACGGCCUGGAGCGCGCAUGGUGUGUUUCCUACCAGAAGGGCAAGCAGGGAGUUGCCGUUGGUUUCGACGAUGGCGCCGUCGUUGUGAAGCUGGGUCGCGAGGAGCCUGCGGUGUCGAUGGACGCGUCAGGAAAGCUUGUUUGGGCCCGCCACAACGAAGUCGUCUCUGCAAUCAUCAAGGGUGGAGACGCCUCUAUCAAGGAUAACGAGCCUAUUUCCCUUCCCGUCAAGGAGCUGGGCACCUGCGAAGUGUACCCCUCGACCCUCGUGCACAACCCGAAUGGCCGAUUUGUUGCAGUCUGCGGAGAUGGCGAGUACAUCAUCUACACGGCCCUGGCUUGGCGAAACAAGUCCUUUGGUUCUGCGCUGGACUUUGUCUGGGCGUCCAAGGAUAACACCAACGACUUCGCCAUCCGGGAAUCAGCAACCAGCGUAAAGGUCUACAAGAACUUUGUCGAGAAGGCCGGCGGCCUUGAUGUUGGUUUCCAGGCCGAAGGGUUGACUGGUGGUGUCCUUCUUGGUGUCAAGGGCCAAGGGGGUAUCUCAUUCUUUGACUGGCAAACCGGCGGUCUUGUCAGACGUAUUGAGGUCGAGCCGAGAGAGGUGUACUGGUCCGAUAGCGGCGAAUUGGUCGCUCUUGCAUGCGAAGAUACUUUUUAUGUCUUGCGCUUCUCGCGCGAGGCUUACGUUGAGGGUGUUCAAACCAACCAGAUUGACGAGGACGGUGUCGAGGCCGCUUUUGAGGUCAUCACGGACAUUAACGAGAGUGUCCGCACUGGAGAGUGGGUUGGCGACUGCUUCCUCUACACCAACAGCACCAACCGGUUGAACUACCUUGUGGGCGACCAGACUUAUACAGUUUCCCACUUCGACCAAUCCAUGUACAUUCUGGGUUACAUUCAGCGUGAUUCAAGAAUCUACCUUGCUGACAAGGAUGUUGGUGUCACCUCCUUCUCCUUGUCUUUGCCUGUCCUCGAGUACCAGACUUUGGUUCUUCGCGACGAUAUGGAAACCGCGCAAGAGCUCCUGCACACGAUUCCGGCAGACCAACUCAACAAGAUCGCACGCUUUUUGGAAGGACAGGGCCAUAAGGAACUUGCGCUGGAGGUUGCCACUGACCCUGAACACAAGUUCGACUUGGCUCUCGGAUUGGGUCAAUUGGACACUGCCCUCGAGUUGGCGAGAGCAGCAGACGUCGAGCACAAGUGGAAGACUGUCGGAGAUGCUGCCCUUGCCGGAUGGCAGGUGGCUGUGGCACAAGAGUGCUUUACACACGCAAAGGACCUUGGCUCCCUCCUCCUUCUCUACUCCUCCACAUCCGACCGGAGUGGUCUCUCAAGCCUCUCUGACCAAGCGCAAGAGGCUGGCGCCCACAAUGUCGCAUUCAGCUGCAAGUGGCUGCUCGGCGACGUUGCUGGCUGCGUAGAGAUCCUUAAGAAGACUGGACGGUUAGCGGAGGCAGUUUUGUUCUCGCAAACGUACAAGCCCAGUCUGACGGCAGAUGUCGUCAAGGAAUGGAAGCAGUCUCUCGAGAAGGGCAAGAAGGGCCGUGUCGCCAAGAUGGUCGGUGCGCCGGUAGAAGACGAAGAUUUGUUUCCCGAGUGGGACGAAUGGCUUCAACUCGAGAAGCAGGGUGGCGCCGCGCCCGAGGUCGUCGAGGUUACAACCAAUGGAACAGACGCGACUGAGGAGGUCGAGGAGGAGGAGGAGGCAGAAGAAGCCGAGGAGGCCGAAGAAGACGCUGCCGAGGAGACGGCCGAGGCGGAAGAGGAUGAGGAGUAG